CGUGCCAGAACGAAUGGCCUGAGCUCGCCCGUAACUCGCAGUGGAGAGGGAUUGGCCGGGCAUUUUCAUAUACAGAUCGUAAAUUUAGCUCGUAGGGUUAACAUGUCUUAUGGCACUUGCCGGUGUCACACUACAGUAAUAUUGAAAACGGUCCGGUCGAGAACAAGUGCGUGAGCGCGAUCGACGGAGAAGCGUGUGCACGAGUGGUGGAAGUGAUUUACAGCGAAAACUCGGCUUCGUCCUUUGGAUAUUUAUGGAUUUUUGACACAAAAGUGCCGCCGGUAAGAGACAGGUAUUCGCCCCGUUCCCCUGGCAUUCAGCGUUGAAAUUUACGACUUUCCUAAACAAUACGGCGCCCGCCGGAAAUUUUUGAAGCCCUCUGACGCUCGUGGCCGACGACGUGUGUCGGUCAAAUUUAUUGGACUAUUACGGCGUGUUGAGCACGCUUCUGGUGUCCUCUUCUGCGGCUCAUUAGGACACCCGGUCCAAGGGUUACGGCCGAGCUGAGAGUGCGAACAGAGCCAUCCGAAGACGAUUUACGAGCCCGGCCGUCACUGAACGGCGACCGCUCGCAUUCCGCGCUCUCCGAUACUGUCGCAUCGCGGCGCGACGCGGCAAACGACAACAAACAGCUGCGCGUCGGCAGCGGCCCAGGCCGGUGACGGUGCGCCCGUGCGACGGGCACAGAGAGCCGGCAGGAGCCGGUCGGCCGGUUGGCCGCGUCAGUCGGCAAACCCGCUCCCGACCGCGGCGCGCGCGGCAAGGCGCUGCGCCGCGCGCUAGACGACGCGUCGACCACAUCCGAGUGCUCUCUCCCUGUGUGUGACUCGGCCGAGUCUCUGUGACUCGGCAGUGACUCGGGUGAGUUUAGUGAGCCAGUGAGACCGGCGUCGGCCGCAGACGCCACGCCAUGAGUUCCUACCAGUUUGUCCAGGACAGUUUGUCCAACUGGGCCGUGCAGCGCGGUCAGGACGGCAGUCAGGUGUCGGGUGGAGACUACUACAACCAGAGUUACGGCGGCUCCGGCUGCUACCUCCAGCAGCAGCAGCAGCAACAACAGCAGCAGCAGCACUCGCAGCUGUACGGCUACGGCGCCACCCAGCAGCCGCAGCCGCAGCCGCAGCCGCCGCAGCCGCCGCCGCAGCAGACUCCCCAACCUCAGCCGCAGCAGCCCACCAUGCCCAGUGGCGACUUCCGAAUGCUGCACCCGGCCAGCUCGCCCGCCCUGCCGACCAAGACGAAGCCGGUGGCGUCGGCGUCCCAGGCGUCGGCCACCUCCACGUCGGCCGUCUCGGCAACCGCCACCACCUCCUGCAAGUUCGAGCCGGGUGUGGGCUCGCCGCAGGACCUCUCCACAUCGUCGACGCCGAACCCGCCGGCGGCGUCUCAGCAGUCACCGCGGUCGACGGCGAGCACGAGCAGCUCGGGCAGCAGCGGCGAACAGGCGGCCUCCAGCACGGCCAGCACGGCCGCCGCCGCCACAGGAUCGGCCAACAAUAACAACGACAAGGAGACAAAACCGGAGCUAACGCGACAAGUGUACCCGUGGAUGAAGCGAGUUCACAUCGGUCAAAGUCAAGUGAACGCCAACGGUGAAACGAAGAGACAGCGGACAUCCUACACGCGCUAUCAGACCCUCGAACUCGAGAAGGAGUUCCACUUCAACCGCUACCUGACGCGCCGGCGGCGGAUAGAGAUCGCGCACGCGCUCUGCCUCACCGAGCGGCAGAUCAAGAUCUGGUUCCAGAACCGGCGCAUGAAGUGGAAGAAGGAGCACAAGAUGGCGAGCAUGAACGCGCUGCCGCAGAUGCCGCCUCACCUGGCCGGCAUGGGGAUGCCGCACCCGCACCACGCGGCCGCCUUCCACCCGGGCAUGUCGGAGCAGUUCUUCACAGGCUUCUGGGGCUCCGGCUUCCAGGAGAGUAUGUACUAUCCAAAGGACGCCCAGGCUCUGCAGCUUGCCUAUAGCUUAGCGAAUAAGUAGUGACGCAAAUUUCGGCUACGGCUACGGAAAGCCGUUCUGAGACAACGCUGUCUGGUGGGCGGAUCUGGAAACUCCGUGGUUCGCCACCAGCGGGCUCUCCUUCCUGCCCCCGCGGUAGAGCGCCGGCGGGCACCGGGCCAGGGGUCACAACGAGGUCACGGCGGGGUCACGGCGGGGUCACGGCGGGGUAACGGCGGGGUCAGACUCGCUCAUCGCCCAGCACGGACAGCAGACGCUGCCACGGCCGGGGCUCCGCGUCGAUUUUUGAUGAAUGACUCGCACAAGUUUGUGAGGAAGAGGAAAAAAGUCCGUCUGAACCAAUCAUCGACGCGUGAGCGUUGCCGGCGCGGUCGUGAUGGACGAUUUGGCGGCCGCGGCGGCCGUCAAUUUGGUCCUUAUUGGUGUGUGACGGCACGGCCGAUUAAGGACAUUCACAUCAUGACGGAGAGGAUAAAAGGGCGCCCGGAGGGCAGCUCGCCGACGCCGAAGUGAAAUACGUCUUAAUUGAUCGACUGACACCGGGAUUAAUGGUUACGCAGCAGUCGGGCCGGCGAGCCGAACUGGGACCGACCUGGGGCCAACGAUCUCCGCUCGGCACGGGCGUCCUCCGCCGCUCUCUCCGCGUCCUCCGGCACUCUGCCGGCCGGCCGGCCGGCCGACCCAGACGCUGAAUGUGUGCGUAUAUGUGUGUGGAGAUAUGGCAGUGGUUCGGUCUGAAUACCCUGAGGCGGUGUGCCCUGAGGGUAGCUUAGGUCGCCAGCCCUAGGUGUGAUUGUUGUCGUGUGUGUGAAGUUCCUGUUGGUUUGUGUGAUUUGUGUGGGCGGCGGGACCCUGUGACCCCUCGUGGUCCCCUGGGCCCCUCGCUGGUCAUCAGUAGACCCACAGGGUCGGCUAGGGCCGGAAGGAGCGGCUUUGGACGUUAUAGAGCGCGGAUCUGUGAGCGUGUUCGCCGGUGUUCGUGAAGACUAGCGCGUGUUUUGUACAUACCUACCUAGUAAUUUAAUAUCUCGCGGGGCCCAGCGGCGCAGCGGAUAUUUGUGUCAGUAUUAAUUUGGUCUUUCUGCGGCGCGCGAUGCGACAGAAGCCAACCCGUUCAGUGUUUGUGACCCCGGCCGUGCGCCCUCGCCGCUGCGGCCCUAACACCUCACCGGACACACCGCCCCCGCCUGGGUGACCGUGCAAUGCUGCUGUCUCUGUUGAGUAGUCUGUCGUGCGAGUGUGCGAGCGUCUGUGUCCGCGGUGCCCGCCCCGCCCCGCCCCGACCCGUCCCUGAAUCACCGUGAGAGAAAUACUCAGACCCCAAGCGGCUCAGCAGCCCAGAAACGAAUCACGUACACUGUAAAUGUGGAUUCCAAAACACCUAGCGAAUAACGUGCGCGCGGCCGCAGGCGUAGGAGUAGGCUCUCGUGGCAGAAUAUUUUAACGUAUCCGUUUUAUAGAGCUGCAAUAGGCCUAGUUGUGGUGUCUGCUGCUGCCGUAGUUCGGUGAGGUGAGCUGCCGCGUUAGCUGGAUGGCGGCUGCGCAGGCGCAGCUCGAAGCUCGACUGCUGUGCGUAUUUCGGCAAGUUGUUUUGUUUUGACAAUCACUAUUCUAGAUGACGGAUCAGUGUUUUUGAUUGCUCUUGAUGUGAUUGCUAAACUGCUUGUUUGUGACAUUAUUCUUGAGUGUACAACACACGAUGUAUAAUGUAUGUGUAAAUAUAUCUUCAUGUUCAAAACAU